GAGGAGCCAGAAAGGAACCUAGCGUUUUGCUGCUCCGAGGCACUGGAGUCGGGAGAACAGUUCACGACAAUGAAGGGAACCAAAGGCAUUGAGAACCCGGCUUUCAUUCCCUCCAGCCCAGACACCCCGCACCGCUUGUCUGCGUCGCCCUCCCAGGUGGAAGUCUCUGCUUUAUCCUCCGACACCCAGAGGGAGAGUUCUCAGCCACAGGAGUCUCCGGAGUCCCACAAGUCAUGGGAACCUCCUCUGCCUUCAUCAACUGCCCCGGCUUCCGAAGAGCGCCCCGGACCACAGUCGGAGUUUGAGGAGGGGCCUUGCGGAUGGAGCAACUUGCAUCCCCAGUGUCUCCAGCGCUGCAACACGCCACAAGGGUUUCUGAUUCACUACUGCCUGUUGGCCCUCACUCAAGGUGUUGUUGUAAAUGGCUUAGUAAAUAUCAGCAUAUCCACUAUUGAGAAGCGCUAUGAGAUGAAGAGUUCCCUGACUGGCCUGAUAUCAUCAAGCUACGAUAUUGCCUUCUGUUUAUUGUCAUUAUUUGUAUCAUUCUUUGGUGAAAGAGGACACAAGCCCAGAUGGCUUGCAUUUGCAUCCUUUAUGAUAGGACUGGGGGCACUUGUAUUUUCCUUGCCACAGUUUUUUAGUGGUCGAUAUCAACUGGGGUCCAUUUAUGAAGAUACUUGCUCAACAACAAGGAAUAGCACCAGUUGUACCUCAUCCAACUCUUCGCUUUCUAACUACUUGUAUGUCUUCAUCUUGGGGCAACUGUUGCUGGGGACUGGAGGGACCCCUCUCUACACCCUGGGAACAGCCUUUAUUGAUGAUUCUGUGCCCACUCACAAGUCUUCUCUCUAUAUAGGAAUCGGCUAUUCUAUGUCAAUCUUAGGCCCAGCCAUUGGCUAUGUUUUGGGAGGACAACUGUUAACCAUGUACAUUGAUGUUGCUAUGGGAGAAAGCUCUGGUAUCACUGAGGAUGAUCCACGAUGGUUGGGGGCUUGGUGGAUCGGAUUUCUCAUAUCUUGCUUCAUUGCUUGGUCUUUGAUAGUACCUUUCUCUUGCUUCCCAAAACAUUUACCAGGUACAGCAAAAAUUCAAGCUGGAAAAAUUUCCCAGACUCAUCAGAAUAAGAGUAGUUCCUUGCAACACACAGAUGAGAAUUUUGGAAAAAGUUUUAAAGAUUUCCCAGCUGCUCUGAAGAAUUUGAUGAGGAAUACUGUCUUUAUGUGUUUAGUUUUAUCAACUUCUUCAGAAGCCUUAGUUACUACUGGAUUUGCAACAUUUUUACCUAAAUUUAUAGAAAAUCAAUUUGGACUGUCAUCCAGCUUUGCAGCUACCCUUGGAGGAGCUGUUUUGAUUCCUGGAGCUGCUCUUGGUCAGAUUUUAGGAGGUGUUCUUGUUUCAAAGUUCAAAAUGACAUGUAAAAAUACAAUGAAAUUUGCAUUGUUCACAUCUGGAGUUGCACUUGUGCUGAGUCUUAUAUUUAUUUAUGCCAAAUGUGAAAAUGAGCCAUUUGCUGGUGUGUCUGAAUCAUAUAAUGGAACAGGAGAACUGGGAAAAUUGACAGCCCCUUGUAAUAGCAAUUGUAGCUGUUCACGAUCCUAUUAUUAUCCACUCUGUGGAAUAGAUGGAGUCCAGUAUUUUUCUCCAUGCUUUGCAGGUUGUUCAAAUUCUGUUUCAGAUAAGAAAACAAAGGUAUAUUACAACUGUUCCUGUAUUGAAAGGAAAGCAGAAAUAACACCUAUGGCAGAUAAUUUUGGUUUUGAAGCUAAAGCAGGAAAAUGUGAAACUCACUGUGCAAACUUGCCCAUAUUUCUUGGCAUUUUCUUUGUUGCAAUUAUUUUUACCUUUAUGGCUGGUACUCCAAUAACUGUGUCCAUAUUAAGGUGUGUUAAUCAAAAUCAACGAUCUCUAGCAUUAGGAAUACAGUUCAUGUUACUUCGAUUAUUAGGCACAAUACCUGGACCAAUUAUAUUUGGUGUCACGAUUGACAGCACAUGUAUUCUCUGGGAUAUUAAUCAAUGUGGAAUUAAAGGUGCUUGCUGGAUUUAUGAUAACAUAAAGAUGGCUCAUAUGCUAGUAGGUAUAGCUGUUACUUGUAAAGUUAUCACCAUUUUCUUCAAUGGAUUUGCAAUCUUUUUGUAUAAACCACCACCACUGAACACAGAUGUGUCAUUUCAAAAUCAGAAUGCAGUUGUGACAACGGUUGCAGUAGAAAGGGAUCUCAACAAAGCAGGAAAUGAAGGGUGAAGAGAAAAAGAUUAUUUGACAGUUGGAAAAUUGACCUCCAUUUCUAAGAACACAGUGCCACAGCAGCAUUAUCUACCGAGUAUAGUCAAUGGUAUUUUAAACACUGAUGGUUUAUAAUCACAUGUGUUUGUUGCAUAUGUAUGGACUCUUGAUUUUCAUACAAGAAACAGACCUGUGCCUUCAAAGCCAACCAAAGCCUCAAAACACACACAGGCUCACUUAUUUUUCACUGUCUAGGUAUGAAAUCUCCAACCAAUAGCAAGAAAAAUAGCUAAAAAUUAGUUUAAAAUCCAUAUUUAAAAAACACCAUGAUGAAAAGUUUUUAUUUUGUUUACAACUUGUUGCAUUUUAAUUUUUGUCUCUAAUAAUCUAAGCGUAUUUGGAAAACUUGUAAUGUAAAAAUUUAAACUAAUCACUGUUAUGUCAUUGUUUCUUGGAAUUGUGAAAGCCCAUGAAUUUAAAGGCAGCUUUACAAUGUAAUUUGUUUUUAAAUUACAUAUAUUAAUCUGAUCUUUAUUUUACUAAAGUUAAGUUGUUGAACUAUUUAGAAUAUAAGUUAGUUACCUUAUUUGUGUCCCAGUAUAUGAAAAAUUUCAACAUCAAAUAUACAAGUUCAUUUCAACAUAAGAUUUCCAGUAGCUGAUUUUUUAUGUUGCUGAUUUUUAAUACUUAUUUUUUUGUUCUGUGAUAGUAUUAUUCAAUUAUAUAUAUUUCAGAAGAAAGAACCAGCUUCCACAAUGAAAAGUGCCAAUUAGACAUAAAAAGAUUCCUUAAUGUGAUAUUACUUGUAUACAGAAUAAUUUUUCUUAAUUUUAAACCUGAUAACCUAGCACAUUACUUAGACUACCUACAAUAUGGCUUUGCACAUAGAAGGCAUCUAUUAUUGUUAUUUGAUUAAAACAUUAAACCCUGUUCUUUGCUGCAUUUAGUAUAAAGGUGAAGUAUUUCAUGAACCUGAUAAAAUUAUAAAUAAACUUCAUUUAUGUAGGUCAUAUUUAUGUCAAAUUUACUCAGAAUAUAGAGGAACUAGUUCAAAUCAACCAAAGCAACUUCUACUAUUGUUAAAAAUUUUACUGACUAGAAAAGUGUUAUCAGAUUUCCCCCAUCAGAGCCUUCCCCUAGGUUUUUUUUUUUUUUUUUCCAAGCAGGGUUUUAGUAGACUGUGAUGAGGUUAUCACAGAGAGAGUAAAGACCUAGUGGGAAGCCAGGAUCAGAAGGACUAGACAUUUGCAGAAUUUAAGAGAUUGGUUGGUGGAAAUCUGUGAUAGAUGAGUAUUCAGGAUCCUAGGAGCAUUCAUAAGCUGAAAUUCAAGGAGAAGGAUGGAGGUGUUAUGAAGCAAGCAUACCUGGCUAUUAGAUGGGAGGAGCAGAAGGUCAGGAAGCAGAGGGAUAGAUAGAGCUGCUUAAACUGGAACAUUUAAGCACCAAAAAUUAAACCUGGAAAGCCAAAAAUUCAGGUAUUUGGGAAGUGGGAAAUUUCGGCAAUCAAAUGUGAGAGUUAGGGGAACAAAUAUGUCAUUACCUCAUGUGAGACUCUUCCUCUCACCCAGCCAGACACAUUCAGAUGCUGCUACCUGUUGGGACCAAGGCUAAAAUAGAAUUUAGGCUGAAGGGUGCUAGUGUGGACACAAAGAACUGCAAGGGAAAAUUUCAUAGCAAGUAAACUAAUGGUAAAUCUGAGACACUUACUGAUAGAAAUGUGAAAUGAGAAUAAGAAAGUAAACUAUAGAAAGUAAUUAUACAAACAUGUGAGUCUAGGACCAAUUAAUUUAGGGAGAAGAACAAAAAAAUCACCCCAUGCAUAGAAACAGUUUGAACAAGUCAUCAAAUAAUUGGCAUUUGUACUCAAGGGCUACAUUGUAUUCAGUAUACUCUGUUUUAUAAGAUGAUAACAUUUUUAACAAACAUUUUAAUGAAAAUAGAAUAAACCAAUAAUUUUAGCCUUUAAAAGGAUUCAUUAUUUAUGAUAUAUAUAUUUAGAAAGAAUACCUCCUUUGACAAUAGGUGAUACAGACACUACUAUAAUUUAUAAUCAUCAUUUUUACUUUUGUAUCUGCCUAGGUUAUAUGGGUUUUUACUUUUGUAUCCACCUAGGUUAUAUGCUACUUCUAGGACAAAUUUUUUCAGAAUAUGUGUUUCUCACAAUUUGUAAUGAUUUUAAAGUAAGGUUGAACUUAUAUGUUGACAUAUGGGAUUUUGUACAUAAUUGGAUAUAUAUCUUAAAACUUUUAAGACAUUUUUGUCUUAAUUGUAGAAAAUGCAAAUGUAAAACUGUUAUAUAUAGAAAAACUGAAUAUAUUUGACUUUACCAUGUAAAUUGGAGGAAUAUAUAGGUAUAAAUUUCUUUCAGGAUUUUUAUUGUAAACAAUUAUACAAAAUAAAUGUACAUAUAUUUCAUUGAAUCAGAAAGUUUGUAUUAGAUUAUUUUAAGCAUUUGAUCUUAUUAAAUAACACAGUUUUGGAAAUUUUGGCUUGUCUCUGUUUGUGAAUAUAAACACGUUUAUGGAUGGGAAAGGGACCUUGGUGCACAUUUGAACUUGGUGAAUAAAAUUUAACGAAUUCAAUGAUU